ACGCGGUUUGUUACUUUGUGGUUGCUCCCAAUAGUGACAAGCCACUGAACUAGAAUGCCGACGCCCUCUGAGACAUCGACCCGCUCACGUUUGUCGUUGUCGCGCACGACAUCAAACUCAACUACUACGCGUAUUUCCCUUAAGACGCGUGCACUGUCGAUCACAAGUGAUGCGAGCGGUUGCACGACUGUGAAGCCCACUAAACCAAUUUCGAAUUCGAAUUCCACCUCAAACAUGCUCUCCACGACGCCGACGCUCUUGAAGCGUUCUGGCACAGGUCCGCCAAGUGCUUUCCCGCGUUCUUUGUAUGCUUCCACUAGCAGCACUACAGACUCGAAUGGAAAUCGAGACGCAGUGUCAUCAACCCCGUCUCGAGCACGCGUCGUUUCAGAAACAUCUGCCCUAACUCCAUCACGUCAACACCGUGCUUCAGUCAACCUCGCCUCUCCCAAACCUGCUAUAAACUUCACAUCUCCAAGUCCCGCAAAGCACAAGAACAAUCCUUCAUCCGCGUCAGUCCGCGUGCGUACCACAAGCUCUGCUACUUCCAAUUCUGCAUCAGUAUUUGGAAGCGGUGAAACAGUUUCUAUGACCAGGACUGUCUCCAUGGAGAGUACUCCUACCACUCAACACACCCUCAAAACCAAACCUUCAAUAAACACACCUUCAUCCAUCACACCUUCCAAGUCCUCUCCUCUCGCUCGCACCCAGCUACAGCGCACACCAUCAGGGACAUCCAAUAUGACACGGUCCCCUGGAACAAAAAAUAUGCACUCUCCGAGUCCAAAAGUCCGUUCUCCUGGCUCAAACUUCAUGGGUAAAGAGCCCGUCGCGUUGCUGUCCGAAUCCCUCGCCUCAAAAAGAGCUGUGACUGCGAGCGCCAUGGGCGGGACUAGAGUAGGGAGCGUCUUCAGCGAUGGUACCGGGAGUAUCAUCGGAGGUCCAAGACGCGUGAACGGACGCGUCAUGAACGGUGCCGUGAUCAAUUUGAAUGAUGACACGGGUCUGGAGGAUAUCUGGGAUCAUGAGGAUGAUGGGAUGACGUUUGAUAUGAUUACGGAUGUGGAUGGGGAAGGUGAUGAAGAGCUCGACCAAGCCCUCACCCAAAUCCGUACACUCCAUACCUCCAAACUCCUUGCCUACAAGCGUCUCCUCGAACGUGCGCACGCAAGUAGCGCGGCGCAGGUUUAUCAUCUUCAAGCUCAACUCGCAGAAUUGCGUUCUCAGUCUCAGUCUCAGGCCCAAGGGUCUUUGCAACUGGAGGGGGGCGAGUAUUGUGUAUGUGGUGGACGGAAGAGGGGGUAUUGGGACGCGGUUAGUUGGGGGGAUGGGGAUGAGACCGCAGAGGGUGGUGAUUUGGAGGGCUAUGAGGGGGUUGGGGAGGGAGGGGCGGGGGAGGAUAUCAUACUCGAAUCAACCCUCCCAGGCGACAUCCCCCUCCAAAUCCUCCUCCUCCAAAAAUACCUCAAAAGCUCAUUCGAUAUCAUCGGUUUCCUUGCUCCUGGGAUCGCCCUUCAAAUCUUGAGCAAGUUGAGCGUGAAAGAGGUUGUUAAGGCUGGGCUGGUCUCAAAAAAAUGGUAUACUGCAACUCGUCAUCCUACAUUGUGGAGAUGGCAUUGUCUGCGCUUAACUGCCAAUGAUCCGGUCCGUGUGAGGGCACCGGCGAAGCCUGAGGGAUGGUACCCUCUCUACCGCUCCCUCCACCACCGCGAGUCUAAUUUUGCGCAUGCGCUUCCGCAGAGCAUACGCUUUUUGAAUGGACAUACAAAUUUCUGUACGACGUUGUUGUUGAGAGGCAAGCGCCUCAUUUCAGGUUCCUAUGAUGAAACCAUCCGUUUCUGGGACAUCGACACCGGCGAAAUGAAAAAGUGCCUGCAGGUGAAGAAGCCUGUGAGCUGCGUGGAUUUCUUGGCGGAGGAAGAGGUUUUCGUCGUUGGGUUUCAUGAUGUUGGCCGUGUUCACCUUUUUUCCUCCGUCACAUUCACGCCUCUUCAACAACUUGCCGGACACCUCAAUGGUAUCCGCGCCGUUGCGCUUUCCUCCAAAAAUCUUGUCAGCGCAGGCGCUGACAAGGCUCUCGUGUGUUGGGAUUGGCGCGCCGGGACGAAGAUCGUGAGGUUUGGACAGCAGACAACAAUCAAUAUCGGUGUGCAGAUCGUCCAAGGGGGCACAGAGGCGGAGGGAGAGCGUGUGGUGGGCGUGACUAUCGAUGGCAUCGUUCGGGUUUUCUCGAUUAAGAGGAGAGAAAUGAUCUCGCAGUUCAAGCUCAGCGAACUCGGUGGUAGCGAUCCUGUGUUGCAUGCGAAGCUGUUUAAUGUGGGCUCUGCGCCUAAUAAUAUGUUGCAGUGGUUCGCGGCUAAAGGCUCGCAGAUGACUUGUGCGACUAAAUCUGUGAUCUUGCACCUGCAAUGGACCGAAGGCGAAGACGAGAAGACCCCUGCCGAGACGACUACGAUGAGCCCUACGUUCACUGGAAGGACUCUUACCUCACCUACACCCUCUUCCCUUAACCCGAGAUCACGCGCCAUGUCUACUCCCCAGCGCAGACAGUCUGCACUCGGGGUGAGUACAUCGGGCUUACCCAAAUCGCGACUUUCGCUUGGGACACCUUCCACGCCUCUCUCCUCCAAUCUCAGCGCAUCCCAGCACUCAGGUGUAUCACCAUCCCCGCUCUCCCUACUUCCUCGAUCUGGCACUCCGCUGUCCCCGAUGGGUGCACCGUUAUCCCCUAUGGGUGCGGCGGGUGCAGAUGGGUUUGCGAUUCGGUUCGGGCGGGCGGCAAUUCUGACUGCACCUCCCAAGCUCGUUGCGCUUGUGGAGACGCCUGAUGUUGCUGUUGGGGCAGUAGAUCCUAGGAAGAGAAGAGUGCGGGGGGCUGAUCGGAGGGUUCUGAUGUCGACGCAUAAAGAUAAGGACAAGGUUGAUGUCCUUGAUGGUCCACUCGAUGAAGACACGGGGCCUACAACGGAUCAUGCAAAUCCGAUGUUCUCGUCCCCAACGCCGAGCGUUGAUAUAGAUGCAAAUAUCAUCUCUUUGUCGGGUGCAUGGGCGGCGCUUGCUCAUGCCACGCCUGAGGGCGUGAAAGGUCUUCUAGGUCCGUUGCCGCCCAAGUUUACGGGCUUGGCGGUGCCAGAGAAGAAUCCGAUGUCGAUGCAGCUCACGCAUGAGGAGGUAGUAGUGGGGUGCGCGGAUGGGACAAUUUACGUGAUGAAUUUCGUGGGGCAUGAGUAUAUGAAGGAGAGGUCUAAGACGGAGGAAGGGAUCGAGGAGGAGGAGAGCAGUGACGAGGGAGAUGCAUCUGUGGAUAGGAGUUUAAUUUUUGGGGCUUGAAGAUUCAUGCAACCACACCAAAAGGACGGGCACCAAUACCACACCGAACAACUAGCAAAGGAAUACCAACUACUACCGCACUGGAUGGAACGCAUGGACUAGAGCAUUCAACAAUUUCGACAGGACAACUACCACCUACGCAGCACACUCGUUUUAUACCAUUAAUGAUUCGUUUAUUUAGAUUAUCGUUAGUUAGAAGUAGAGACAAAUAGCUCUUUAUAUGUGGCUCGUAUCAAUUAUCUUGCUUUGCGUCCUGGGACAGUCAAUAUUGACCUUUAAGAAAC